UGGUGACAACAAACAAACCACAGACUACUAAGACUUGAGAAAUAGCAACAAACUUCACUUGUGAAAGUUUUCAGGGGGAAAUAUAUUAACUCUAGACAAUGGCGUCAGACGACAAUAACUGGAGAACACAGUCAUUUCGGCAAAACGUUGUUUCUAAAAUCGAGGAAGCAAUACAGCGCUCCGGUAUGCAGGUCGCUCGUAACAGCAGUGAGAUGGAGACUCAUGUGUUCUUAAAGGCCAAAAACAGAGAUGAGUACAUGAAUAUGGUAGCAAAACUCAUUCUGCAUGUAAGAGAAAUGUCACAACCAAAGCAAAAUCAAGGCCAACCAAAUAUGCAAGUGCAAAAUCAGAACCAAAGUGGUCCUUCUACACAAGUACAACCCCAACAGGGACAAGCCCCUCAAGGUCCUAAUAGCCAGACUGGCUUAGCCCCCGACCCUAUAAAUGCAUUACAGACGCUCGCAUCUCAAGGAUCUCGAAACCAGAUGAUGAAUAUGGGACCUCAAGGCCAAAUGCAACAACAAAACGUUAUGCAGACACAAAUGGGGGGCAUGCAGUCUCAGUUGGGUCAAACGGGUCCCAUAGUGUCUCAGGGACCUCAAGCCCAAACCGCUACUAACCUGCUUCAAACAUUAAACCAAAGACCACAAAUGAAUAUGCCCAUGCAAAACAAACUUGCUGGUUCAAUGGGCAUGGUCGGAAAUCAGGGUCAAAUGGGCAACAAUAUGGGCAUGGGAGGCAUGGGAAAUCCUAUGGGCAGUCAGCUGCAGAAUCAGCUUGCUGGACCCAGCAUGCAGGGUCAGAUGAUGCAGAAUAUGUCCAUGUCUAAUAAUAUGGCAGUGCCUAUGAGUGGUGCUAAUACCAUGGUGGGUCAGAUGCCAUGUAACCAAGUGGGUAUGGGCGGUCAGAUGCCACCCAACAAUAUGCAAGGGCAAAUGUCUGGGCAAAUGGUGGGAGGAAUGGGAAAUAAUCAGAUGGUGGGUAUGAACAUGGGCCACAUGCAGGGCAGGGUGCAAGGCAAGCAGGAGGUGGGCAUGCUGGGCGCGGGGUACUCGCGAGGCCCGCCGCCCGCACAGUUCCUGAGGCAGAGCCCCUCGCCCUCUGCACCCUCACCGGGCAUGCCCGGACCCAGUCCCGUCUCCAUGGGAGUGAUGGCCAACACUAUGCCAUCCCCAAUGUCGAGUCUGGGCGGGCUGGCGGCCUGCGGGGGAAGCCCCUCGCCCUCCGCCCCCACGCACCUCGCGCAUCACGUCUCACAGCAACAGAGGAGCGUGGGUAUGGGCAUGGUGCAGUCUCCGUCCCCGUCCCUCAACACCCCGCAGGCGGCGCUGGGGGCGGGGUCCCCGGGCGGCGAGGAGGCCGCCUACAGGGAGAAGGUCCGCCAGCUCUCCAAGUACAUCGAGCCAUUACGGCGCAUGGUGCACAGGAUGGUCAGCGAGGGCGAGAAUGUGGAGAAGUUGAAGAAGAUGAAGAACCUACUGGACAUCUUGUCGAAUCCUAACAAAAGGAUAACUUUGGAGACGCUCAUCAAGUGUGAGGUCGUGCUCGAGAAGUUGGACUUCAAACGAAGCGAAGGGGUCGUGGUGGGACUGCCGGGGUCCGGGAAGGAGCAAAUAGUGAACCCGUUGCUGGAGGUCGUCAACAACUGCCUGCAGUCGCCGCUGGCUAACCACACGCUCAAGAGAACCUUCGGGUCCACCCUGGACGCUCUAAAUGGACCAGAGAUAAAGAACGUGCCGCCGCCGUACAAGGCGCCGAAGAUGGCGGAGCCCGAGAUGGAGAUACCCGACGUGCUGCAGGGGGAAAUUGCCAGGCUGGACUCCAGGUUCAAGGUGUCGCUGGAGUCGCUGCAGCUGGGCGGCGGCGGGCUGUGGCUGGUGGCGCAGCUGGACGACGCGCGGCUGCCGUGCGCGUGCUCCGUGCACGUGUCCGUGCCGCGCGACUACCCCGCCGCGCCCCCCGCGCUGCUGCGCCGCCCCCCCCGCGCCCGCGCCGCGCACUCCGCCUUCCUGCACCGCGUCGAGCGCGCCAUGGACGCCCGCUGCGCCAGGCUACCAAAAAGCUGUUCUGUGGGCCAACUCCUGGACGCGUGGGAGAUGAGCGUGCGGCAGGCGUGCGCACCCAACCCGGUCGAGUACCUGCCGGUCCCCGCGCUCGGGCUCUAAGCGGAAUCAUUGCCUCGGUGCGGUGAGAACACCCCUUAACGAUCUAAAUUGAUCUAUCUAAAACGAUAUCGAAUACAAUCGAUUUUGUACCAAACUAUUAAAAUUUGUCCCCCUGCAAGGCAAGUACCCGGACUCUAGUUCUGACAAUUUGCGUUCAGUAUGCUCAAAUGCUCACUGUAUUUUUCCCUUAGACUACGGAAGAAAUGAUUUCCAAAAUGAUGAGUUUGAAAAUCGAAAUUUAAAAAAUCGAUAUUCUAUUAAACCCAAAAUUCUAAACCUUUCAAAUGACGUGCUAGAGGUUAUUAAACUUUCACGUAGCGCUUUCAUCAAAAAUAAUUUAUGAAUUUUAAACAUAAUUUUGAAUAUUUUAAAGUGAUAAAAAUAUCCCUUGAAAGAAAUAAAAUAGAAAAUUUAUUUAUUUUAAGCAAGGCGAAGUUCUUUCGUGUAUGAAAUCACAAAAUUGAAAUAUCAAUUAUGUACUAUCGAUAUAUCGCCGAUUUUGUAUCGAUACACAAGACUAGUGUUCCUUCCUUAGAGGUUGAAAGGUGAAAGUUUAUUGGAAGACCAAUCACAAUGGAUUCUGACACAUAUCUACCUCAUAUAGAGUCUAUAUUGAUUGUUUAUUAGAACGAGGGAAAGGAGUGGACUUUGUAGAUAAUUGUGACAUUGGCAUGCCGUUUUUUCGCUACAUAAAUCUUGUAAGGAAAAAUAUUUUUCAAAUAAUAUAAUUGAUGUCAAUUGAAACGACAACGGAAGUAACUUGAACCUGCCUGCUAUGGUAUAUAAAAAAAAAUAAGACGUUGUUGUGAUCAGCAACCUAUUGUUAAUAUUUAAGGAAUUAAAAAAAAAAGUUGUCAUUGUAAUAUCCACAGAGUAAUUCAAAUAUCUUUCAAACAAUUUUCUUUUUUUCACAUGAUAUAAAAAUUUUGAUAAAAUAUUUUUUAAUCAGCCGAUUUUAAUUUUAUUCUCGUGAAUUAUAAUGAAUUUAUUGAUAGUUUUGUAUUAUUUUGAGAAAAAACAAUACACGUGUGUUCUUUUUUGCCUUCAAUUUGUUAAAAGUUAUAGAGACUGGCGCAGUAUAAUUAGCGGAUAUUUCUCAGUGCGGGCGGCAAACGCUUCUACGCAUUUGACUUAUCACCGCCAACAUUUUGUUGACGCAGAGAGAGAGAGAGAGAGAGAACGAACCACCCUUUUUUAAAUGUUGCCACAACUAAACGCCUUACCUUAACUGUGACGUCAUUUGUGACCAAAAUAACCAACGAACUAACCAUAGAUUAUACACCAAUAUAUAAAUAUUCUCAAUGUGUUUUGUGAUCGGUGUUUAGCUGAAUGUAAAGAAACGGAUAAAAAUGUCAGAACUAUUUGAUUUGAUAUAUUAUUACAGUAUAAUUCAAUUAUAAAUUAUUAUUUCACAAAGACAGCGACGGAAUUGUCGUUUUAAUUCAAUUAAAAAUUACUCGGAAUUACUUUUUAGAUUUUUUUAUUAUCAGUUUUAGAUUGCCUAUUUUGCGGACAUUGUUAUUAGCAUGUGAAUGAAACGGCCGAGCGACAGUUUGCUCAUCUACCACAAUAAUUAUAAUUAAUUUUAAGCAAAAUACAUAUGUAAUCGAUUGUUUUUAAGUUAUUUUUUUAUCGAGUAAUACUUUGAAGGGAUCCUCGUGAGUUUUUUUUUAAUUAUCUUAUGUGAUACCAGACUGUGAUAGUUGAGACUUGUUUUUUUUUUUCAUUACCUUAAAUUCUUAUUUGUUCAAAUUACGUGCAUACAAACUUUAUAUAAAUUAUAAUGAAAACCCCUAAUUUUGUCUGAUAGUGGUUUUUAAUUAUUGUUGUUUUGCAUGUUAUGAUUUUAUUUAUUGCGUUAUUAGCGAAAUGCUUUAGUUUAAAAUUCGAUAAUAGGUUUGAAUUUAUUUGUUUUGUACUGUCGGUUUCCCAAAUAAAUAAAUAAUUUAUAUAUACAUUUGAUUGUAUUAUACAUACCACACAUUAGGCUUUAUAGGCCAUGUUUUUAUUGUUCACUUUUGUCUAAUAACUACCAUUGAACAUAAUUUUUCUUUGGCUAAUAAUAGCUAAAUAGUUACUACAUCAUUUAUUGUAAUGAUUACCAGAAUAUAGAUUGCAAUACCACUUUUUUUUUAUAAAUAUAACCAAAAAGGUAAUGGAAUUUGUAUGUAUUUUAUUUAAUUGUCAUUUAGAUUUUAGAAGGAUAUAUUGUUUUUUAGAGCAGACUCGUUCCUGCGUCCCGCUCGCACUCUCUACUUCCAAUAAACGAGCGAAAGGGAUAUAGGAUAUUUUAUUAAAAAACUUUCAUAGACAAUAUAAUAAAAAAUAAAUUGUAGCAGACUGAUAUUUUUCUAAAUGUGUUUAUGAAAAUAGUUUUAUUGUUAAUAUAAAAAUGUGUUUAUAAAGUGAGAGGUCCCUUAUUAAGAAUGUGAAUUUUGUGAAUAUGAAAUAAUAAAUUGAAAAUAGCAAUAAUUUUACUAACGAAAAAAUGUUUUUUUUUUUUUUUAUAAAAUAAGAAAAUUCAUUUGAUCAAUAAA